UGGGAUGAGGCCUACUCAGCAGAGCUUGCUAACUUCAAUGACAAUGGUGAUGUUGGUGAAGUCUGGUAAAUAUGUGUCGUAUAAUUUCAUUUAUGCAAAUAUUACCUUCUGUUUUUAAUAGUUUGUUAUGUCAGGAUUAUUGUUGAUUCAUCCUUCCCCCCUCAAACAAAGUUGAUUGUUAUUGGCCUCUGCUAAUAAGACAGUUACUUUAAUGAGCCCCCUUAAAAAGUCAUUGACUAACCCCAGGCUUUCGGACUUGACUUUCUUUGGAUGCUGCUGAGAAAAAUCUUGCCAGUGAAUACUGGAACCUCUCAUUUAUGAUCACCGCACCUCAUGCAAGUUACUUUAACACAAAUUUUCGGCUGCUUGUUUGAAACUUUUCUUCAUUGUUGUGAAACAACCACUUGACAGAUUUUCCAAUCUGCUGUGGGCGCAACCUAGUGUCGUAUUUAUUUAUGAAAAUAUUACCUUCUGUUUGUAAUAGUUUAUUAUGUCAGAAAUAUUAUUGAUCUAUCCUUCCCCCUUCAAACAAAGUUGACUGUUUUUGGCCUCUGCUAAUAAGACAGUUACGCUAACUAGACCCCUUGAUAAAUUAUUGACUGGCAGGAUUUACAACCUUACAGUUCUUCUGUAAUUUAAAUUCCCCCAAAAAACUUAACCUCCUGUUGGGCAAGUAAGAACAGAAUUAACCAGUACAAUAGGAAAAUCCACUAACCCCAGGUUUUUGGACACAACUUUCUUUGGACGUUGCUAAAAGAGAAAAAUCUUGCCAGUGAAUAUUGGAAGCUCUCAUGAUCACCGCCACCUCAUGCAAGUUACUGUAACACAACUUUUCGGCUACUUGUUUGAAACUUUUCUUUAUUAUUGUGAAACAGCCACUUGACAGAUUUUCUAAUCUGCUCUGGUUGCAACCUGGGUAUUUCAGAUCCAUGCAACCCUGGCAAGACAAUCAAUUUGUUUUCCCAUAUUUAUUAAUAAAUUAAUAUUUUUUUUUUAUUUAUUACAGUGCAAUAUUCUAUAUACCUAUAUAUUUUUACAUUUAGGUACUGUUCCUUUUUUUAACAGGUUUGGGGAAAGCAGCAUGACGAGAAUAGUCAAAUGGAUAAAAAGUAAUGAAAAGAUAACAAAGUCUUCAACAUUUUUAGACAUUGGCUGUGGGAAUGGCAUGCUUCUUGUGAAGUUGGUAGGUUUACUCACUAACAAAGUUUGAUUCACUUUGCUUGCUUUUCUUUUCUCAGGAAAAAAGUUAGUUGGUAAUAAUAGUUUAUAAAUAUAUAGAGGAUAUUACAUGGUGGCGCGAAGAUAUGAAUAUUGUUUUAGCCACAAGAAAAUAAAAUUCAUAUCUUCAAGCCACGGUGUAAUGUUCUUUUUAUUAUAUAGACAAAAAGACAUUGAUAAAAUAAUGGAGGGAAAUGACCGAAAUUAUGUCAUCGAUAAACUCACGUGUGAGAUUAUGGAAAAUAAACCAAUCAGGUCCCGGAUGUAGUUUUUAUGAAUUUUACGAGUGGUAUAUUUUCCAGUAAAACACUCGUGUCUAUAUAAUAAAAUAUAGUGUUAACUCUGCAGGUGUAGUCCUGUAUAUAGAUUUGAAAUACCAGAUUCCCCUUCCAAUAACAUUGUACAUGCUUGUUAAUCAAAUUAAGGAAGAAUUUCAUAUUUGGUAAAUUGCAUCUGAAGUCACUUAGCAUCUUAUUCCAUGCACCAAGGUUGUUGUGUUUAUUUUGGUUAGUUUCGUGUUUAUUUCAGGCUCACCAUGGAUACACAAACUUAACAGGUGUGGAUUAUUCACAGAGUGCUGUAGAUUUGGCAUCAUCCGUAGCAGCAGAGGAACAAGUCAACAUUAAAUAUCUGGUGAGUGUUUUUUUUUUUUCACUGUGAAGAUUGAUUUACAGUCACAUCUGGCAAAGUCUACCAUGUCCAUAGAUUUCAUUAAUGAACUGAUUAUUUGAAAAAUGAAUCUGUUAGUCAUUGCUGCAGCCAGCUUGAAUUCAAAUCUUAGUUCCGGAAUGCAUAAUGAGCAGUGAAUUUUUUGGCUACAACUUUACAGUAUUCAAUCGGAUGGGAAAAUCUUUGAAUGGAGAAAUAAAUUGCUUUGAAGACGCUAACUUAUAUCAAAGUCAAGAGAACUGAGCUGUCAGAAUUUUCAUAAGUACCUCAAGUGUGAAUUCACUGUUCAGGACAAGUGAAUCUGAAAUCUACAACUACUAGUGGAUUAAACUUUAAAAAAUAAAUUCGUAAAUGAAAUCUGCGGAGGAGGGGAGGUUUGCGCUUGACCUGGCUUGACUGUAAGUUAUCCUAGUCAAAUAUCAAGACCUGGAUUCCAUAUUGAAUCUCAUUAAAGAAAGAUAAAAAAGCAUGCAAACAACUGUUUGACAGUUAAUGUUAUCAUAGGAAUUUGUGUAUUACAGCAUGCAGUAUAAUAGCUUUCACUAAUGCAAAUAGUUACAUUUGAAUUGAAUAGAGUAGUACUUUUGAGGCUGUGGACCAAAUUCUUGAGUCAAAGUGUAACCAUUUUACUGAAAUGAAAGGUACUGAGCACUGAGUACUGAGCACUAACUAUAAUAUUUAUUGGUACUUAGAGUCUAUUAUGCUGUACUACGAGGUGAUUCUACAGUCAUAUAAGUUUCAGGGUGUGGUUGAACUCCUAGAGUGUGGCCAUUCAAAUGAAAGCUUCUGACUAGUACUUUCUUGCAGUACCAAUAAUUAUGCUGUACUAGGUGGUGAUUCUUACAGUAGAUGAUCAAAUUUAUUUGCUGACAAAACAGGUGUGCGACAUCCUAAAUACAGAGAGUGGUGGCCUGUGCAGUGAUCAGAAGUUUGAUGUGUGUCUAGACAAGGGAACUUAUGAUGCCAUUAGCCUAAAUCCAGAUGAUGCCACAGGCUGUCAAACAAAGUAUAUUAACAACGUUUCCUGCUUACUGGCUUCUGAUGGAGUGUUCAUCAUUUGUUCCUGUAACUGGACAAAGCCAGAACUUCUUGCUCAGUUUAGUAACAGUAAGUGGGAUGACUAAUGUCUGUUAGUUAGAUGUACAUGUUCGGAUAUAAUCGUCACUUUGUGAGUGAUCUAGACUAAAAUUUUUUUUCCAAAUUUGUUUACUCUUGUUUCCAGAGGAAUUUCUAAAGAAAUAACUGUUAAAAUGUAAAUAAUGGCAUUAUUUGCCAUCUGCAGUACCUACAGUAUAAAAAUGCUAGUGUGGUCUAACUGUAAGUACUGCAUCAUUUACCCUCUGCGAAACAACCUUAAUUAAACCAUCUAAACAAAUGUUCAAGUAAAAGUAACAAGAUAACGGGGAGCUUAUGACGCUCUUACAAGGUUAGAAAUGCCAACUGGUACAAGGCAUUAAAUAGUUGGCUUUUUCUAAGUGUAGCUAGACAACACUCCACCUAGUGUGUGGGGCGGGUCUUGAACACGGGGCUUCCAAAUUGCCGGCCCCGUGCACGGAUCACUCGGCCACAGUGUCCCCCUCCCCUCCCACCACGUUUAUGUCAACAGGAAAAGGCAGACAACUAUCAAACUGGGAGAGUUUGCUUUACAGGAAAGAUCAUUUCGACUUUUCUGUAAACUGAAUUUACAGGAAAUAUCAUUUUGCCUUUUCUGUAGUUUCAAAACUGAAUAGUUUUAACCGUUUUUGCUUUGUUAUACUUUGUAUUUGUGGGGCUUCCCUUCGAUUUGGAGGGGCGAUUUAACGGAGGGUUUAUUUUGCGUUACGAGUUUCACUUAUAUUUGUAUUCCGAAUUUUACGGUAAAUUGAAUUUUGAGUUCACCAUUUGUAUUCCGUUACAGAAUUUGAGUUUCUGGAAUCGCUUCCUGCUCCUUCUUUCUCGUUUGGUGGUCAGUCUGGAAAUACUGUCACAACAUUGGUGUUCAGAGCAAAAAAGUCGUAA